CCCGAGUUUCCUUGCCCCCUUUCGUGAACGCGCAAUAUGUCGACUAUGGUGGACACACUGCCGAAUAUUCCAUUCGUGCCGUCGCUAACUCCCACCUCGCUUGCAGUCGCGGCCUUGACUCUAGCUGCAUCCUACAGAAUUUUUCGCAUCGCCUCGCGCGAACACGGACUGCCGCCUGGCCCACCCACAAGCCCGUUAUUCGGGAACGCCCUGCAAGUCCCUACGAAGGGAACGUACUUGCAGUUCACGAAAUGGGCGAGGGAGUAUGGCGAAAUCUACUCGAUCAAGAUGGGAUCUGGCACGGCCAUCAUCCUCUCUGGACCAGCCGUCCUGAAGGAGCUCCUAGACAAGCAGAGCGCUUAUACCUCAGACCGACCGGAGUUCUCCCUCUUCGAUGUGAGUAUGAGUGUAAUCUAUGAAGCACCUCAUUUUAAUCCUUACGAGAAGUGGCGCAAACUCCGCAAGGCCUCCCAAAUGCUCCUCGCGCCCUCCGUUGUCAAGACAUACCAGCCUCUCCAAGAGGGCGAAUCAACACAGCUCGCGUUCGACUUAUUAGAAUCACCGGAGCGCUUCUUCGACCACAUAUCCCGCUACGGCAACUCCCUCGUCCUCGCCAUCCUCUACGGCCGGCGCUCCCCACGCAUCGAAACCCCCACCGCCCUCGCCAUUGUCGAGAUCCUCAACCACUGGGUCACGUACCUCGAACCCGGCGCCACCCCGCCCGUCGACGUCUUCCCCAUCUUCAAGUGGAUUCCGGAGUGGAUGGCCCCCUGGGUGGUCCGCGCGCGCAAGAUUCGCGAUAUGCGGGCGGCGCUGUACCUCGGCCUGUUCGACGACUGCCGCGCGCGCGUGGAGGCGGGCGAGGACAAAUUCUUCAUGGGCGACGUGAUUAGGGACCAAGCGGGCCACGGCCUGACGAGGGAGCAGAUGAGCGAACUCGCCGGGGCCAUCUACGAGGCCGGUUCGGAGACCACGAGCUCGACCCUGCAGACCAUGGUCCUCCUGUUUGCUGCGUUCCCGGAGGUGCAGGCGCGGUUACAGCAGGAGAUCGACACCGUCGUCGGCGAGGGUCGCCUCCCAGAGGCGAAGGACGCGGAACAUCUGCCAUACCUCAACGCCGUCAUCCAGGAGACCCACCGCUUCCACACUGUGACGCCCCUUGCCAUUCCCCAUCGCGCGACGAAGGACCUGCAUUACAAAGGAUACCUCAUCCCGGAGGGAGCGACGAUAUUCGGCAACAUCUAUGGCCUAUUCCACGACCCAGACCUCUUCGAAAACCCAUAUACCUUCAACCCCGACCGCUACAUGCUCACUGAACACGGCACGAAGCCAGGCGUCGACGACAGCGCCUUCAGGAACACCCUCAUCUUUGGAUUCGGUCGCCGCAUCUGCCCCGGCAUGCACCUUGCGAAUGUAUCAGUGGCGCUAGCUGCCAUGAAGCUGCUCUGGACCUUCGAAUUCCGCCCGCUAACAGAUCCUGAGACGGGCAAGCCCAUUCAGCUCGACACCAUGAAGAAGCGCGAUGGCAUCGCCGCAGGCCCGCCUCUCUUUAAGUGCGAUAUCCGGUGCCGGAGCUCCGCGAGGGCAGAGCUACUCCGGCAUGCGUUCAAGGUCGACGCUGCGAGCGCGCUCGCAGGGUACGAGUACAACUUGAGCGAAGGCGAUCGGGAGUGGUUGAGCAGUGUCAGGUCGGGGUGAACGUUUUUGGCAUAAGCCUCAAGAGCUGGUGCGCAAGAUCGGUCGUCGAGUGCGUCAAUCAUUGAAGCUGACUUAACUGUGUUGGAAAAAAGGGCGAGUAAACCUUUGAUACAUCUUCGUUACGUCGUCAACAACCCUGUGCUACUGCUACACUUGAAUGUUUGUUCUCUCCUCGCCUACAGCUGCAACUGCUUCGGCACGAUCUCGAUCCAGUAGCUGUAAACAGGACGUCAGUAACCAUCUUCUUUCAACAUCUCCCUUCUCGCCACCCCUCCCUCCUCGCUGCCGCCUUCUCACCACCACUCAACACUGGACUGGACUGGACUGAAUUACAGAAAACCCACUCACCCAUCCGGAUCCAAAAUAAACGCAAUAUGCCGCAUCUUCCCAUCCUGGGGCCGCUUCU